AUGCCGCCGCGUUGUCGAACCAGCUCGGGCUAUCGCGGCGUCCGCGUCCGCCCUUUCGGCUGGUUCUAUGUGGAGAUCCGCUCCGGCAACGUGCGUCUCAGUCUCGGGACAUUCGAGACCGCGCACGAGGCCGCCCACACCUACGACUCUGCGGCGUGGCGCCUCAGCAGGCCAUGCUCGCCGAUGAACUUCCACGAUGCGCAGACGUGCCAGCAGGCGCAGGACCUCGCGCCGCCGCCUCGUCUUAUAAUAGACCAGGACCAUGAGGAACACCGCAGACGCCAGCGCUGCCUCCGCAUCGCCGAGGCGGACGAGCUAGCCAUGGCAGAGUGGCGCCAGCGCUACCUACAGGACGUCGCCAAUGAGAACGCCUUCUAG